AUGGCAGACCUAGAUAGAUCUGAGGACUUUAAGGAGGUCAAAGCAAGUAAGAUCCGAUUGAAGGAAACCAAUCCUGAAAAGGCUGAUCGUCUAUACCGAAAAGAACAACGGCGUUUAGCUCGUGAGAACGAUCGUAUAUCUCGAGCGAACGGAUACGCUGUAUCACCUCCACGACGGAUUUGUUCCGAAUCAAUAUCACCACCUCGAAAUCCUACUAAAAGGCAAUACGACGAGCGCGAUGAAGUAGAUGGAUCAUGGAUGGGUGGAUAUGGUAGAAGAGCUAGAGAGGAACUAGAAAGGAGGGAGUGGGAAGAUAAGUUCAAUUGGAUGGCUGGAAAUCCUGAAGAUCCAUUCGGAAGUAGUUAUGGAUUUGCAAGACAUAUGGAAGAAAUCAAUAUCCCAAGAAGAUUUCGUGACGUCUUUGGAAUCGGAAGACUUGGAGGUCCAGGUCCAGGUCCAGGUCCAGGAUCAAGCUCUUCACAUAGAAGAAACGCGGCUGCCGAAGUGGAUAUAUUAGGUGGACCGGUACCACCCAUAGGAACGAUGACAGAUGAGGAAUAUACUACUUGGGUCAGAGAAGGGAUGUAUAGACUUAGACAUCGUGCAGAAAUAGAAGCUGCCGAAAGGAUAAGGAGAGACAAAGCCGAAAAAGAACGAUUAAAAGAGGUGGAGAGGGAGAAGGCCAACAGAGAAGAAGAGAAAAGGAUCAAGAGGCUCAAAAAACAAAGAGGAGAAGAUGAAGAGAGGAAGAAGCAGAACGAAAGAGCGAGAUGGAGAGAAAGGUGGAAGCUGCUUGGUGAGAGGGAUGGAGACGUGGUCGAUAUCGAUAUGUCGUUCUCCGACAUCCCUUGGCCUGUAUACCGAUCUUCACACGACAUCACGCAGGAACAAUUAUCCAUAGAUAAUAUACGGAUGUUCAUAUCCGCCACUGCGGAGGAUACCGCCGAGAACGGCAAAAUAGAUCUCAGAAGGACUAUCAGAGAAGCCAUCAGGAAUUACCAUCCGGAUCGUUUCAACGUGCGAAUUCUCAGCAGAGUGAAAGAAAAAGAUAAGGAAGAUGUCAAGGAAGCUGUGGUGAGAGUGAGUGGGUUAUUGAACGAUCUCGCAGGUGAAUCGCGAUGA